AUGACCACAGAGCCCUACACAAGAACACUUGAAGAAACAUCCACCACUGCUGCAGCUGUCACAUCUACUACGGCAGAGCCCUCCACAACAACCACUCCUGAAACAUCCACCACUACUGCAGCAUUCGUCAACAUUUUCAAACAGUUUGAGUCCUUCCUACAAGCAAUUGUCAAGAAAUUCAGAAACAACCACUACGACAGUAGAAUUAACAUCUACUACUAUAACAGAGCCCUCAACAACAACUCCUGCUCAAACAUCCACUACUACUGCAGCAGAAACAUCUACAACAACAGAGCCCUCCACAACAACUCCUGUGGAAACAUCUACUACUACCAUAGCAUUGUAACAUCUAUUACACCAACAGAGUUCUCCACAACAACUCUAGAAGAAACAACCACUACUACAGUAGAAUUAACAUCUACUACUAUAACAGAGCCCUCAACAACAACUCCUGCUGAAACAUCCACCACUUCAGUUGUAACAUCUAUUACACCAACAGAGUUCUCCACAACAACUCUAGAAGAAACAUCCACAACUGAAUACUCAACACCCACAACAAUGCCUGCUCAAACAUCCACCACUACUGCAGCAGAAACAACUACAACAACAGAGCCUUCCACAACAACUCCUGAAGAAAUGUUUACUAGUACCAUAGAAGUAACAUCUACUUUACCAACAGAGUCCUCCACAACAACUCUUGAAGAAACAACUACUACUACAGUAGAAUUAACAUCUACUACUAUAACAGAAUCAUCAACAACAACUCCUGCUGAAAUAUCUACAACUACUGCAGCUGCAACUUCUACUACACCAACAGAGUCCUCCACAACAACUCUUGAAGAAACAUCCUCAACUACUGCAGAAGUAACAUCUAUUAUAACAACAGAGCCCUCAACAAUUCCUGUUGAGAAAUCCACCAGUACAACAGAAAUAACAUCUACUACUACACUAGAGCCCUCAACAACAACUUUUAAAGACACACCCACCACUACUGAAGCAGUAACAUCUACUACAACAAUAGAGCCCUCCACAACAACUCUUAGUGAAACAACCACCACUACUGAAGCAGUAACAUCUACAACAACAAAGACACUAUCUCUCUCUACUACUGCAAAUACAGUAUCUAAAAAUGUAGUAGUAAUAACCCUGUAUUUCACCUCCCAAGAUACAUUCAUAGAUGACUUCAAUGAUAACAGUUCUCCCGCUUUCCAGAAAAGGGCAUCAUUUGUUGAAGGACUUUUUCAUAAGCUUUUGCAACAGUGGUUUAAGUCUUUCCAAGAAGCCAUCGUCAAGAAAUUCAGGAAAGGAUCAGUCGACACUGAAGUUGAUCUUCUUUUCAAUAGUACAGAUGUUGUGCCAUCAAAUUAUGAAAUUGGCAAUGCACUAUUGAACAACACACAAUUUCUAAAUGACCUAAACAUAACAUCUAAUUCGUUUGACAUUAAUGGAACACAAAUAUCAUCGAUUACUGAACCAACAACUACCACUACUGAAGUAGAAACAUCUACUACAACAGAGUUCUCAACAACAACUCCUUCUGAAACAUCCACCACUUCUGUAACAUCUAUUACAACAACAGAGCCCUCCAAAGCAACAACUGUUGAAACAACAACCCCUACUGAAGCAGUAACAUCUACUGCACCAAUGGAGCCCUCUUCAACAACUGUUGAAGAAACAUCCCUAACUACUGCAGAAGUAACAUCUAUUAUAACAACAGAGCCCUCAACAAUUACUAUUGAAAAAUCCACCAGUACAAUAGAAGUAACAUCUACAACAGAGCCAUCAACAACUUUUGAAGACACAUCCACUACUACCGAAGCAGUAACAUCAACCACUACAACAGAGCCCUCCACAACAACUCUUAAAGAAACAUCGACUACUGCAGAAGUAACAUCUAUUUCAACAACAGAGUCCUCCACAUCAACUCCUGUUGAAACAACUACCACUACGGAAGGAGUAACAUCUACUACAACAACAAAGCCUUCAACAACAUCUUUUGAAUACACAUCCACCACUACUGAGGCAGUAGAAUCUAUUGUAACAACAGAGCCCUCCACAACAACACUUGAAGAAACAACCUUGACUACUGCAGAAGUAACAUCUAUUUCAACAGAGGCUUUCAAAACAACUCCAGUUGAAACAACUAACACUUUUGAAGUAGUAACAUUAACUAUGACAACGGAGCCCGCCUCAACAGCUCUUGAAGAAACCUCCACCACUACUACAGACGUAACAUCUACUUCAUCAACAGAGACACGCACAACUACUCUUGAAAAAACAUCUCUGACUACUGUCGAAGUAACAUCUAUUUCAACAACAGAGGCCUCCACAUCAACUCCUGUUGAAACAGCCACCACUACUGCAGAAGCAACAUCUUUUACAACAAAGCCCUUACCAACAACUUUUGCUGAAAAAUCUACCAUUGCUGCAGAAGAAAUGUCUACUUCAACAACAGAGUCCUAUACAACAACUUCUGCUGAAACAUCUACCAGUGCUGCAGAAGAAACGUCUACUACAACAACAGAGUCCUAUACAACAACUUCUGCUGAAACAUCUACCACUGCUGCAGAAGAAAAGUCUACUACAACAACCGGGGCCUCCACAACAACUAUUGCUGAAACAUCCACCACUGUUGCAGAAGAAACAUCUACUACAACAACAGAGGCCUCCACAACAACUAUUGCUGAAAUAUCUACCACUGCUGCAGAAGAAACAUCUACUACAAUAACAGAGGCCUCCACAACAACUUCUGUUGAAACAUCUACCACUGCUGCAGAAGAAACGUCUACUACAACAACCGAGGCCUCCACAACAACUAUUGCUGAAACAUCCACCACUGUUGCAGAAGAAACAUCUACUACAACAACAGAGGCCUCCACAACAACUAUUGCUGAAACAUCCACCACUGUUGUAGAAGAAACAUCUACUACAACAACAGAGCCCUCCACAUCAACUACUGUUAUAACAACCACCACUACUGCAGAAGCAACAUCUUUUACAACAGAGCCCUUAACAACAACUUUUGCUGAAACUUCUACCACUGCUGCAGAAAAAACAUCUACUACAACAACAGAGCCCUCCAUGACAACUCUUGAAGAAACAUCCACCACUACUGCAGAAGUAACAUCUACUACAUCAACAGAGCCCUCCACAACAACUCUUGAAGAAACGACCACCACUACUGCAAAAGUAACAUCUACUUCACCAACAGAGCCCUCCACGACAACUCUUGAAGAAACAUCCACCACUACUGCAGAAGGAACAUCUACUACAUCAACAGAGCCCUCCACGACAACUCUUGAAGAAACAUCCACCACUACUGCAGAAGUAACAUCUACUACAUCAACAGAGCCCUCCACGACAACUCUUGAAGAAACAUCCACCACUGCUCUUGAAGUAACAUCUACUACAACAACAGAGCCAUCCACAACAACUCUUGAAGAAACAUCCACCACUACUGCAGAAGUAACAUCUACAAAAACAACAGAGCCCUCCACGACAACUCUUGAAGAAACGACCACCACUACUGCAGAAGUAACAUCUACUACAACAACAGAGCCAUAUACAACAACUCUUGAAGAAACAUCCACCACUACUGCAGAAGUAACAUCUACUACAUCAACAGAGCCCUCCACGACAACUCUUGAAGAAACAUCCACCACUACUGCAGAAGUAACAUCUACAACAACAACAGAGCCCUCCACAACAACUCCUACUGAAACAUACACCACUACUGAAGCAGUAAAAUCUACAACAAUAGAGGCAUCCCUAACAACUCCUGAAGAAAUGAAUUCAACUACUGAAGCAGUCACAUCUACAGAGACAUCCACGACAACUCCUGAAAAAUCAUCAACAAAUACUGCAGAAAUAACCUCUACUACAUUAAUAGAGCCCUCCACAACAACUCCUGAAGAAACAUCCACCACUACUGCAGCAGUAACAUCAACAACACCAACAGAGCCCCCCACAACAACUGCUGAAAUGUACACCACUACUGAAGUAACAUCAACAACACCAACAACUGAGUCAAUCACAACAACAGCUGAAACAUAUACCACUACUGAAGCAUCUACUAAAACAUCAAUGGAGGCCUCCACGACAACACCUUCUGAAACAUACACCACUACUGAAGCAGUAACAUCUACUACAACAGAGCCCUCCACAACAACUCCUGAAGUGACAUCCACCACUACAGCAGUAGAAAUAACUACUACAACAAAUACAACAUUUCUCCCUACUACUGCAAAUACAGUAUCUGAAAAUGUAGUAGUAAUAACGCUGUAUUUCCGCUCUCAAGAUUUAUUUAUAGACGACUUCAAUGAUAACAGCUCUCCUGCUUUCAAUGAAAGGGCUUCAUUUGUUAAAAACCUUCUUGACGUCAUUUUCAAACAGUGGUUUAAGUCUUUCCGAAGGGCCAUUGUCAAAAAAUUCAGGAAAGGAUCAGUCGAUACAGAUGUUGAUCUUCUUUUCAACAGUACAGAUGUUGUACCAUCAAAUUAUGAAAUUGGCAAUGCAUUAUUUAACGACACACAAACUCUAAAUUACCUAAACAUAACUUCUAAUUCUGUUUACAUUAAUGGAACAGAAAUAUCAAAUGCUGAAACAACGACUACAUACUCAACUGCCACAACAACUCUGGAAGAAACAUCCACCACUACUGCAGAAGAAACAUCAACUACAACAACAGAGCCAUCCACAACAACUCUUGCAGAAACAUCCACCACUACUGCAGAAGUAACAUCUACAACAACAACAGAGCCCUCCACGACAACUCUUGAAGAAACGACCACCACUACUGCAGAAGUAACAUCUACUACAACAACAGAGCCCACCACAACGACUCUUGAAGAAACAUCGACCACUACUGCAGAAGUAACAUCUACACCAACAGAGCCCUCCACGACAACUCUUGAAGAAACAUCUACCACUACUGCAGAAGUAACAUCUACUACAUCAACAGAGCCCUCCACGACAACUCUUGAAGAAACAUCCACCACUACUGCAGAAGUAACAUCUACUACAUCAACAGAGCCCUCCACGACAACUCUUGAAGAAACAUCCACCACUGCUCUUGAAGUAACAUCUACUACAACAACAGAGCCAUCCACAACAACUCUUGAAGAAACAUCCACCACUACUGCAGAAGUAACAUCUACAAAAACAACAGAGCCUUCCACGACAACUCUUGAAGAAACGACCACCCCUACUGCAGAAGUAACAUCUACCACAACGACAGAGCCCUCCACAACAACUCUUAAAGAAACAUCCAUCACUACUGCAGAAGUAACAUCUACAACAACACAGCCCUCCAUGACAACUCUUGAAGACACAUCCACCACUACUGCAGAAGUAACAUCUACUACAUCAACAGAGCCCUCCACAACAACUCUUGAAGAAACGACCACCACUACUGCAAAAUUAACAUCUACUUCACCAACAGAGCCCUCCACAACGACUCUUGAAGAAACAUCCACCACUACUGCAGAAGUAACAUCUACAACAACAACAGAGCCCUCCACGACAACUCUUGAAGAAACAUCCACCACUACUGCAGAAGUUACAUCAACUACAACAACAGAGCCCUCCACGACAACUCUUGAAGAAACAUCCACCACUACUGCAGAAGGAACAUCUACUACAUCAACAGAGCCCUCCACGACAACUCUUGAAGAAACAUCCACCACUGCUCUUGAAGUAACAUCUACUACAACAACAGAGCCAUCCACAACAACUCUUGAAGAAACAUCCACCACUACUGCAGAAGUAACAUCUACUACAUCAACAGAGCCCUCCACGACAACUCUAGAAGAAACAUCCACCACUGCUCUUGAAGUAACAUCUACUACAACAACAGAGCCAUCCACAACAACUCUUGAAGAAACAUCCACCACUACUGCAGAAGUAACAUCUACAACAACAACAGAGCCCUCCACAACAACUCUUGAAGAAACAUCCACCACUACUGCAGAAGUAACAUCUACUACAUCAACAGAGCCCUCCACGACAACUCUUGAAGAAACGACCACCACUACUGCAGAAGUAACAUCUACUACACCAACAGAGCUCUCCACAACGACUCUUGAAGAAACAUCGACAACUACUGCAGAAGUAACAUCUACAACAACAACAGAGCCCUCCACAACAACUCUUGAAGAAACAUCCACCACUACUGCAGAAGUAACAUCUACUACAUCAACAGAGCCCUCCACGACAACUCUUGAAGAAACAUCCACCACUACUGCAGAAGUAACUCACAUCUACAGAGACAUCCACGACAACUCCUGA